AUGGCUCCCGAUUCUAUCGCCAUCGAGCCAGAGAAAGGAUGGGAAGGUGCCACGCCCAACCACUCUCACGUGUCCUUGGAAUGGUUGACGUGGACAGAGAGAAGCCUGGGCACGAGAAUCCAGCAUGUGCGUCAGGGCGGAGAAUUCAGCAUUCCCCAUGGAUCUCGCGUGUAUACUGUCGACGGUUACGUUGCAGAAACGCGUACAGUCUACGAGUUCCAUGGGUGUUUGUUCCACGGUUGCCAUGACUGCUCUCCCAAAAGAAACCAGGUUGCCUUUGCGUCCGCCGGUCUUAAUGUGGAAGCACUUCGUCACAAAACAGCCCAGAAAACUGCCACAUUGCAACGAUUGGGGUAUACUGUCGUUGAAAUGUGGCAGUGUCAGUGGGAAAAACAAAAUAAAUCUGACCCAGAUCUCCGUACCUUCAUCCAGUCCCUUACCUUCACCACACCCCUUCAACCGCGUGAAGCUUUCUUUGGUGGAAGAACUGGGGCGACCACGCUCUAUCAUCGAAUCGACCCCACCCAAGGAGAGCAGAUCCGAAAAUUGGUUCCGCCUUUAAACUCACGUUCCCUCUCUCCCGUUCCUGCGUCGGAGAAGAAUCGCAAAAAACCCAUGCAAGAAAGAAAUCACGUCUGCCCCCACACGGACGAGGAACGUAUGCUGACGGGAACGUGGUGUACUUCCAAAAUCCACAAAGCCAUCGAAAUGGGGUAUCAGCUGAAACGCAUACACCAGGAAUGGCAUUUCGAAAAAAGACAGCGUGGACUCUUUGCUCCUUACGUCGACACUUGGUUGAAAAUUAAACAAGAAAGUAGCGGUUACCCCGCCUGGUGCCAGACAGAGGAGCAAAAAGCCCACUACGUCAAACAAUGCAAGCAGAAAGAAGGAAUUGACCUCAACCCCACCAUGAUCACCAAAAACCCUGGAAGGAAAGCUACAGCCAAACUGAUGUUGAACUCCUUCUGGGGCAAGUUUGGCCAAAACUGCAAUAAAUCUAAAGUCCAUCAGAUUUCCCACCCAGCAGCAUUAUUAGAUCUCCUCGACGACCCCUUACAGCAGGUUCAAGAGGUUCGUAUCCUUUCCCCCGAGUUGGUGGAAGUGGUUACUAAACGCGACGACCAAGAUCCAGAGAAAGGCCGUGCUACUAACGUGUUCAUCGCUGCCUUUACUACCUGCCAGGCCCGCUUAAAGCUAUACGAGUCGUUGGAAAUAUUAAGAAAUCGAGUGCUUUACUACGAUACCGAUUCGGUAGUCUAUAAGUGA